AUGUCGAAUGGAGAUUUUGACAACUUGACUGAGGUCAUAACAAGAAAGAACACUGCAGUCAAUCUCCUUGAUAGAAUGGCAUCAAUACUUGAAAAGUUGCACGCGCCCAUUGCAUCUAACUCGGCUAUAGGGACAUCACUACUUCAAGGAGAAGAAAACAUUGGCCGGUUUCUCUAUCUUGAAGGGAUUGAGUACUAUAUGUGGAAUACCUAUGAUGUCCAUUUUUAUUCAUCCUUUUCCCUGAUCAUGCUGUUUCCAAAACUUGAACUGAGCAUUCAACGAGACUUCGCUGCUGCAGUAAUGAUGCAUGAUCCUGAGAAGGUCAAAACUCUGCACGAUGGCAAGUGCUCUGCAAGAAAAGUUCUUGGGGCUGUUCCUCAUGAUCUUGGGCUUUAUGACCCAUGGUUUAAAGUUAAUGCUUACAACCUUUACAACACAGAUAGAUGGAAGGACUUGAACCCUAAAUUCGUACUUCAAGUUUGGAGAGACACGGUAGCCACCGGUGAUAAGUCCUUUGCAAAAGCUGUUUGGCCUUCGGUGUACAUGGCCAUGUCGUACAUGGAUCAGUUUGACAAGGAUAAAGAUGGAAUGAUUGAAAAUGAAGGCUUUCCUGAUCAAACCUACGAUGUCUGGUCAGCUACCGGUGUUAGCUCAUAUAGUGGAGGACUCUGGGUGGCUGCUCUGCAAGCUGCUUCGGCUAUGGCACGUGAAGUUGGUGACAGAGCCUCUGAAGAACUUUUCUGGGACAAGUAUCUGAAAGCAAAAUCUGUUUAUUACAAGUUGUGGAAUGGUUCUUACUUCAAUUAUGACAAUUCUGGUAGCAAGACAAGCUCAUCUAUUCAGGCUGAUCAAUUAGCUGGACAUUGGUAUGCUAGAGCUUGUGGUCUUAUGCCAAUUGUUGAUAAGGAGAAAGCAAAAAGUACAUUUCAGAAAAUCUUUUGCUUUAAUGUCUUAAAAUUCAAGGAUGGAAAGAGAGGAGCAGUUAAUGGGAUGAGACCAGAUGGUACUAUUGAUAUGUCUUCCAUGCAGUCAAGAGAGAUAUGGUCUGGUGUAACAUAUUCAGUUGCUGCCGCAAUGAUUCAAGAAGGCAUGUUGGAAGAAGCAUUUAGAACUGCACAAGGGAUAUAUGAAGCUGCCUGGUCUCAAGAAGGAUUGGGGUAUUCAUUUCAGACACCUGAAGCUUGGAAUAACAACGACCAGUAUCGGUCGCUUUGCUACAUGCGCCCUCUAGCAAUAUGGGCGAUGCAGUGGGCUUUGUCACCACCGGUGCUCCAUAAAGAACCUGAAACAGCAUUACAAGGAGAGGCUCAUCUAAAUCACCAUGCCUCGUACUCAAGAGUCGCUAAACUGCUUAAACUACCGGAAGAAGAAACUUCUAAAAGCAUUCUCCGAGUCAUCUGCGAAAUCACCUGCAGUCGGCUUAGAUCAUGAUUCGGGUUUGAGAAGCCCUCGACUCCUUUUGGUUACGUGCAAGCCUUUUGUCAUUCAUCAAAACUGCUGAGCUGGGGCACAAGGUUGUGUGUCUGCAUUGGCACACACGGCAUACAAACUACAGCAAUUUUUAGCUUUCAGCUCUACAUUUGGCCCCAUCGAUUUAUCAGAAUGAAAUAAAAAGUGUACUUCAAACCCUUUUGUGUACAUGUGAAUUGUGUACUCGAAAUGAAAAUAUGGCAAUCUCCGAGA